CCGCAUCCAAACUCAAGGACCGCAUCACGCCAUUGACAUUUGGUCGCGACGCAAGCGAUCCACCCGCUAAACCUAGCUGGGAAUUCAGAUAAAUGUCACGCGUCGACUGCGCUUAAUUCAAGAUGGCGACAGAAGCGGAAUACGAGUCAAUUUUGAUCGUGAAACCAGAUGUCAACGUUUAUCGCAUUCCGCCGCGGGCUUCCAACCGCGGCCAUCGGGCUGCGGAUUGGAAGCUGGACGCCCCCGACUGGAGCGGGCGCAUGAGGAUCACGGCCAAAGGGAAAGUGGCGUUCAUCAAGCUGGAAGACAAAGUCUCAGGUGAGCUUUUUGCACAGGCACCAAUCACCGAGUAUCCAGGCAUCGCCUUGGAAACCGUCAGUGACUCAAGCCGCUACUUUGUGCUGAGAAUACAAGAUGAUAAUGAAACCAGGACUGACGACGUGUCGCCAUCUGUUCCAGGUCGCAGUGCGUUCAUCGGCGUUGGCUUUGGAGACCGGGGAGACGCGUUUGACUUCAACGUGACUCUGCAGGACCAUUUCAAAUGGGUGAAGACGGAGGAUGAGAUCAGUAAAAAUGCUCAGACCCCAGACACAGGACCCAAACUGGACCUGGGUUUCAAAGAGGGACAAACCAUCACUCUCAAUAUCGGGCAAGGUAAGAAAAGGGAUAAGCCCCGCCCACAGAGUGCAGGAGGCUUUGGACUCCUCCCACCGCCACCAGGGGGAAAGAUAGCCCCACCCCCAUCCUCUUCCUCCAAUGACAACACACCACCAUCCACAGGAGGAUCACCAACCGAUUGUUUGCUGGACUUGGAUAGCAGUAAUUCGAACACGGUGGCCCAGUCCAAUCCCAGCUCUUCUGAUCUUUGGGGGGACUUCUCCACCCCUGCGAGCGCUCUCCCUCAGUCAGCUCCAGCAUCCCAGGGCUCUUCCUCCACCAGCUGGGUUCAGUUCUGAGUCCUAUCGUCUCCGUCACCGCCCCCCCCCCCCAUCGACCCAAGUUGCUCCACCCUCAUCUGUUCAUCUCAACUCAACUCUCUUAUUGAAUUUCAUCUGUUGAAGAGCCCACAGAAGACCCUUAGGCGGGGAUCACAUUAGCCAGCGGCAAGCGGCAGGUUUCCUAUUGUUCUCUCUAUGGUUCGUCAGUGCAACGACGGUGGCAAUGCUGGCGUAACGCUAGCGUUGAACAAGCUGAGCGUUGAACUUGGUUCAACUUUCAAAGCGCAACGCUCGCGUAUUCAAUUGUCAGUUAAGGCAAACCGCUUGUGUUACCAUAGGAACGAGAUAGAAAUGAUUAUGGUCUGAGCGUUGUGUUACGCUUGCCGCUGCCGCUUGCCGCUGGCUAAUGUGAUCCCCGCCUUACCCACAACCUCUCGCCUCCCACGACCAUCCCAUCCACCCUGGGAAUCCUCAACCCUUUACAGCAAACCCUCAAACCUUCAGCAGUAAGAGUAAACUAGUCUGACCGUUGUCAAUUUCCUUCCUAGCCAGGUCUCUAUGCUAUGCCAUUUCCUCCACAGCAGGAGCUUAACCCCUAUAUUUACUGUAUUUAAGAGUUACCUCUGAAAAAGAGAUAAUUAAAUAAUAAUAUGUAGUGUAAUCUUAUCGAUUGUCUGUUAAAAGGGAAGGGGCAUCAUAUGUCCAUAUAUGUAUAUGUUGACCAAACAAACAUGUGUUGUGAAUUAAGAUGGAAGAGCUCAAAGCACAAGUGUACUUUGUUGCUUAUUUAGAUUUCAUGUUUUCUGUGUCCAUUUCUUGAAAAACAUAAUUUACAUGAGAGUGACCUCUAGUGGUUGGAAGUGUUGACUCAUUAUUCCCUUAAGUGUUUCCACUGUGAUGUCACAACUACUGUAGACAUUUAGUGGGUUUCUUUCAAAUAAAAUAUCAUUGUCCAGUUUCUAUGUAAUGGCAAGAGAAAACACAGGGUAGCAGCUGAAAAUCUACACACAUGGAGGAUAUUGUGAAUAUACAUAGAAUAUUGUUAAUGUAAUUAUGUUGCUAUCCUGUGAUUUCUUUGGAGGUCUCUAUAAGGUGUCUAUUGGGAAUACACAUGCACACCAGAUAAGACUUAAGGUUUAACAGUGGAAUGGGACAGGCUAAAAUCAGUGCAAUAUCAUGGAUGUUUGUUUACAUUUUUGUGUUUUUGACUGUGUACAGUACAGUGUGCAAUGUAAGCAAUCUCUCUGAACGCGCAGGCUACUCACAGACACAUGACCAAGCGAGGGUUCUGUAGUACACGUCACAUUUAUAAGAGGAUUCAAGAUGCAAAAUGUUGGGGAAGGCAGUUUGUGUCUUUUGGGUGUUUGUGUCCAUCAACCAUAGAGUGGAAGAAGUGGUCUCUGCACAAAGUCUCUUCUUCACUCGUGCUGUCCAGUUCAUCUACAGCUGACACCAUAUACUCAUGGAAAAUAAAGACUCAUAUGUGAAACCCUG